CUAUCUCUCUCUCUUUGCGCAUCUCCUUCAGCGGUUCGGUCUUUGCAGCAGUGCGUUACAAAGCCCUGAUCGGGUGUCCUGAGCAUGACAGUCGGUGAAUGUGUCUGAAAUCUCAUCUGAUCAGGCUGUACAGAGGUUUCGCUUCGAGUUCGGAUGCUGCACUGUUUUGAACACUUUGUAGCUUUUCUGAGGUUCUCACAGCAUCUUGUUACUGCUACAUUGAGGCUGUUGUAGUUUUAUGUAGUGUAAUAGAAGGAACCGUACAACAGUUGAUGAUUUGGACCUUUCUAGACUGGUGAAAUCCAUUCAGGAUUUAUACUGUUUUUUUUUUUUAAUCUGGGAGUUGUCAGAAGUUCUUGAACAUGUCUUUUGUUGCUGAUCUGUAUAGAAGCAGCUCUAAUGCAGGUAUGGCGGAGUUUCAGGAGAAGCUGAGAUUGCAGCAUGAGAACUCCAUGCACACAGAGCUGGAGAAGCUCCUGACCACCGCCAAGACACCGGAGGCCGAGAUCUCCAGGAAGGACUUUGAGGGCUUCAAGAAGCUCUUUCACCGUUUCCUUCAGGAGAAGGGACCGUCUGUUGACUGGGCCAAGAUCCAGAGACCACCCGAAGACUCGAUCCAGCCCUAUGAGAAGAUCAAGUUGAAGGGUCUUCCUGCCGAUGUGGCUUCCAGCCUUAAUAAACUGGCUGUGGUGAAGCUCAAUGGAGGUUUGGGGACCAGCAUGGGCUGCAAAGGACCCAAAAGUCUCAUCAGCGUCCGGAAUGAAAACACUUUCCUGGAUCUGACUGUACAGCAGAUUGAGCAUCUAAAUAAGUCGUAUAAUGCAGACGUGCCCCUGGUGCUGAUGAAUUCCUUCAACACAGAUGAGGACACUAAGAAGAUCUUGCAGAAGUACACACAUCACCGUGUCAAGAUACACACCUUCAACCAGAGCAGGUAUCCCAGGAUCAAUAAGGAGUCUUUGUUACCAGUGGCCACUAACAUAGGCCUGACGGGUGAGAAUGAAGAAGCCUGGUACCCGCCCGGGCACGGAGACAUCUACGCCAGCUUUUACAACUCCGGCCUGCUGGACAAGCUCAUCGCUGAAGGGAAAGAGUACAUUUUUGUGUCCAACAUUGAUAACCUGGGCGCCACGGUGGACCUGCACAUCUUGAACCACCUGGUGAGCCAGGCCAGCGGCAAACGCUGCGAAUUCGUCAUGGAGGUCACCGAUAAGACACGAGCUGAUGUGAAGGGUGGGACGCUGACGCAGUAUGACGGGAAACUCAGACUGCUGGAGAUCGCUCAGGUGCCCAAAGCUCACGUAGACGAGUUUAAAUCCGUCACCAAGUUCAAGAUCUUCAACACCAACAACUUGUGGAUCAGCCUGCCGGCCAUUAAAAGGCUUCACGAAAAGAACGCAAUGGACAUGGAGAUCAUUGUUAACCCUAAGACUUUAGAUGGCGGUCUGAAUGUCAUUCAGUUGGAGACGGCUGUGGGCUCUGCCAUGAAGAGCUUCGACCACGCGCUGGGCAUCAACGUGCCCCGCAGCCGCUUUCUCCCCGUCAAAACCACCUCUGACCUCCUGCUGGUCAUGUCUAACCUGUACAGCAUGGACGCGGGCUCUCUGACCAUGAGCCCCAAGAGAGAGUUCCCCUCAACACCUCACGUCAAACUGGGCAGCUCCUUCACCAAGGUUCGAGACUUCCUGAAAAGGUUUGAGAGCAUCCCAGACAUGCUGGAACUGGAUCACCUCACUGUAUCAGGGGACGUUACCUUCGGAAAACAAGUCACGGUCAAGGGAACGGUUAUCAUUAUUGCCAAUCAUGGAGACAGGAUUGACAUCCCGGCUGGAGCGAUGCUAGAGAACAAGAUCGUUUCAGGAAACCUGCGCAUCCUGGACCACUGAGGCCUUCACAACCACAUUUCACCUGGACAUUUCUAUGUGUAUGUGUGGAAAUGUGUGUCAGAUUUGAGUGUGACCGAAAAAGCCGUCUAUCUGAUUACUAUUAAAUUCCCAUAAGAAAACAA